UACAAAGCCUGGGCCGGUAAUGGAUAGGCUAUCGUACAAAAAAUGUCACCGCCUCAAUUACAAGUCCAACUAUCUGGAUUAGAGCCAUAAAAGGGUUCAUCGGGCUUGGGAGCAGAGUUCAGUGAUUGAGUGUCUCGCCACCAGAAUGGCUAAAAGGGAAAAGGCGACAGAGGCAGGAAGUUCCAGCAAAGGAUUUGGGGUUUUGUCGAAGGAAUACUUUCGAAUGUACUGCGAGAAGACAAAUAUCCACUGUAUUCGUUAUUUGUAUGAUCCCCAGUUGCACAAUGUGGAAAAACUUAUUUGGGGUAUCCUACUCAUCAUCAGCAUUGCCCUGUGCUGGUUCUUUUACUUGAUGCUCUCGGAACGUUUUGUGUCCCAGAAGCUGCAGACUGUGGUCCAUGAUCCGCAAUAUCCUGUGUUCCUGGUCGAGUUUCCUGCCGUAGGGAUUUGCACGGACAACCGAAUAAAUUGGAGCCGACUGGAGGCGGCCAAAAAUCAAUUUCUGCCGGCCAAUUCCAGCGCGGAGAUAGUCGAGAGUUUCUCCGUUCUGGUCAGCAGAUUAGAAACCCUUCGGUUCGGUGACUUUGUAACCAAUUUGUCCCAAUUGGAAGAUGACAACCUGGAGGCAGUUUCAUUUGUGAAUCUAACCUCCUUGGCCUUUUUCAUGACCCUCAGUUGCGAGGACAUGCUGGUGAAAAAUUCCUGUCGUUGGCGAAAUUCCCUUUUCGAUUGCUGCGAAUACUUUGUGAUGGAGAAAACAGAGUACGGAUUCUGUUUAGUAUUCAAUUCCGAUAUUUCGCCACGAUCUAAAGAAAUUAAGAAAAGGGAGGGCGUUAAUUUUUAUCCUCGACAUAAUGCCAUGGCAGGUCAGAGUACGGGCUUGAAUUUCGAUUUGGUGCUGAAUGAGAGCUUUAAAAGGCCGAAUUCCGAAGCCAACGAUAACGUCUAUAUAAUGAUUAAGAAGCCGGAUCAACUUAAUAAUGUAAUCUAUUCCAUGACGCAAAACACCGAGACUUAUGUAACAGUGCGUCCGGACUUGACUUGGACGGAUGACAGUACCCGUAGUAUUCCACCAGAGCGCAGGAAUUGUCUCUUUGCAGAGGAGCAAUCGGAGCUAGAUUCCCACGAUUCGGCCAAAAGAUUUGGUAAACCUUUUCAGCUCACAAACUGCUUGAAUCGAUGCCACGAAUCCUACCUGAUUCAGAUGUGCAACUGCUCCCUUCCCAUAUUCUUUCUUUACAAUCACAAGGUGAAAGAAUGUGACUCGGUUAGCUUGCGCUGCCUGGCUCGGCAUAAUGACAUUUUCAGUUACGACAAACGAAGAGACGAGGAUGCCCUGUUCAGUGCCACGAAACCUGGGAUGACCUGUUCCUGUUUGGUGAACUGCUACCUGCUCGAAUACUACACUGCCACAACCACGCUGCCGUUGCCUGACCGUAGAAUUCCCAAGGAUCCGCAUCAGAAACUCUUCAAGGUUGAUGUACACUACCAGGUGGAAACAAUGCCUUUGUUUCGAACUAGUCUGGAGUUUACCAUUAUUGAUUUGAUUGCAAAUCUAGGUGGAAUCUUUGGCCUCUGCUUAGGCGCUUCCAUGGUCAGUGCCUUUGAACUAAUUUACUAUUUAACCGUGGGUCUGGCCAUGCAUCUCUACGACAACCACUACUACGGAGUUUUAAAUAAACAAAUAAAAAUGCAAUGGCUUUCUUUCAAAAGAUACCUUAAAAACGAAGUCGGUCACUUAGCAGAUAAUCCUGGGAAUCAAAAAGCGAAAUUAAGGCAUCCUUCUGACCAAAGAAAGAAUGCUUGGUAACGAAAAUGAUUCAUAUUUAUUUAAUGAUAUUAUACAAUAUACUCUCUCUUUACUAAUAUCUGUA